AAUGGCAGAGAAUGUAAACAUAUUUUCUCAUUAUUUAAUAGUUUGAAUUAGCAGCAGAAGAAGUUAAAUCAUUCGUUGAUAAAUUGAAUGAUCAAACUAAAUUAUAGAUCUAUGGAUUAUACAAGUAAGCAACAGUUGGUGAUGUUAAUAUUGGUAUUUUUGUAAACUUAUAAUCUCUUUAGGUAAACCAGGAAUCCUUGAUCAAAAGGGAAGAGCAAAAUGGGAUGCUUGGAAUUCCAACAAUGGAAAAUCAAAGGAAUAAGCCAAAGCUGAAUAUGUGUAAGUCGUUAAAGCCAAUGCCCCAGCUGAUAUCGCAAAAAACUUAUGAGAG